AUGGGCUGUUGCAGCUCAAAGCCUGUCUUAUCCGCAGAGUGGAACCCUCCCCCGCCGCUGUCUCGUCCUCUUGUCAAUGCCAAACCAGCAACACCUUCGGGGCAGGCAAACCAAGGUCUUGGGUUGCAAGUCCUGACUCAAACGUCACUCCCCCACAACGAAAGUCGCACUCCUCCCCCAGAGGGACUGAGGGCAACGCCGGCAACAACCGACCCGUCUCCAUCGUCUGCUCCCACGUCUGGCACGUACACAGAACCUCAGAUCAUAAACUCAAGACCAGAGCCGGAUCCCGAUGCUGACAGCGAACCAAAGUCGCAAAGCGAACAAAUCUAUAACGUUUGCCAUCACUGCAAAGCUGGGCCUCUCGCACCGCUGUCAUGGAGAAGCAUCAUGGAUGGUGAACGGUUUGUUUACGAGAUAACACAAAGUCGGAUUGCGGAGAGUGCCGAAACAGGCUGCACCCUUUGUGCCGCCCUCUCGAACUUCCGCCAGGACAAACUUCCCACCGCUGGGCCGUUGCUUGAGGCGUCUAUAAUUUUGACCGGAGACCACCAUAAUUUGGUACUCCCCCCUCGUGCACAAAUUUUGCGCAUCUUUCUUCGAGAUGCGAUUGGUCAGGUAGCAGAAGGAAAUGAUUAUGAGGAUCUUGACUGGGAUGAGGAUGAAACUCUAGCGGAUACGUGGUGCAUCUAUAGUGAUCCAGGUGAUCCGGCCGCUCUCGAGGUGGUCGCCAAAAGUCCCAUCCUAGAUCGUCGAUCCUCUCGGGCAUACGAAGAAGCCCGAAGAGCGUUAAAAGACUGUAUCGAAGAGCAUGUCAAGUGUCGCAAACCUCCUCUCGAUGCUCCUCUCCCUUCUCGCGUCCUCGACUGUGCCGAUCCAUCUCAUGUGCGAUUGUUCGUUAGCCAAGGCACACGUUCCCCGUACGUGACCUUGAGCUACGUGUGGGGCGAGCCACAACCGUACCGCACCACCAAGGCCAAUGUUGAUGAAUACAUCAAUGGAAUCGCUAGCCACUUUAUACCCCAGACAAUUCGCGACGCAAUUGAAGUCACGAACAAACUCGGCCUUCGCUAUCUCUGGGUGGACGCCCUGUGCAUUAUCCAGGACUCAGAUGAAGACAAGUCGCGCGAACUCGCUAACAUGGCCCAUAUCUACACCCAUGCAUACCUCACCAUCGUUGCUGCCAGUGCCAACAAGGCAAGCGCUGGCUUUCUCGAAACCGGUGCCUUCAUGGGGCCAUACAAAGACAAUCCUCAGCUUCCUUUCCAUUGCCGAGAUGGCCGUCUGGGACGUGUACGCUUAUUUGACCAUCUCGACAUGAAGUGGGACGAGCAUCAUGUUGUGAACGGGCCAAUCGAGUAUCGUGCAUGGUGUUUUCAGGAGUCCGUUCUCUCUCCCCGAAAGCUAGUGUAUGGAAGUGAUGCCCUGAAGUACUAUUGCCAGACAUCACAAGUGUUCCUCGGGGAUGUCGUCGCUCGGGCUUCCUGGAAUCGGGCUUCCCGCCUUGCGCAAGGCCCCGACCCCGACAGCAAUCUUCUGCUGCCUGGUGAUGAUGUACCGGAUGUUUCAAACUGGUCCUCGAAGGAGUGGGAAAAACUGCGCCAUACCUGGGACUGGAUGGUUCGCACCUACACGAGUCGUUCGUUGACAUAUGACGAGGACAAGCUGAACGCGUUCGCAGCGGUCGCGGAAGUCUUCGGUCGCAUCUGGGGAUCUCGCGCAGGUCGAUAUAUUGCCGGAAUUUGGGAGAAUUUUCUUCUACAGGACCUCUUAUGGCGGCGCGACCCGCUGCUCACCACUGUCACCACUUCACGACGACUACCCGAAACUCUCCUCCCGUCGUGGUCAUGGGCUUCUAUGAAUGGACCUUGUACCUCAGAGUGGCAGGGUUUAUCGAUGUGGUGGGGCGACAUCGGCAGGGAAUGGGCACAGGUUCUGCAAUGCAAUGCAGAGCUGAAAAACACUAAUCUUCCCUUUGGGAACGUUGUCAUGCCUUUAAAACUGAUGCUGCGCGCAUUCGUUGUGCCGACUCCUUGGAUGCUCCCACUCGAGCCAGGGAAAACGUCACUUACACUGUCUCUCCACGCACGCGACCUCCCAAAGAAGGAAACUGAGGUGAAAGCAGGGCGUGGAAAGGAGUUGGUAGCGAUGCGGCACACCGAGCGGGACGAUCAAGUGAGGUAUGACAAGAUGAAGGAGCACGAACUACCAUUCAUGGGCGCGAUUACUGUUGAUUUCGACACCGACGACGCCGUGGUUGUUGAGAGGACGUUGGCUGUCGCAAUUGUUAAAUACCGAUCGGAAGUCAUGGGGUUGCUUGUCACGGACGUUGGGGGCGGAACAUUUCGACGCGUUGCACUCUGGGGCUCCGACCCUCCGUGGGAUGAAAGUGAUGAAGCGUUGGCACCGGAGGAGGUCAAAAUUCCAUGGAUCCACGAAUUUGGGUCGGAACGGGACAUUGUGCUGGUGUAG